AACGCAGCACGUGACCGAGCAUUAGCUCACACACACACACACACACACGCACACACACACAUAAACAGGUGGUCUGGUCUGCAAACACAGAAACAAUGUCGGAGCAGCGCGCAGACCUUUAGCGGUUCUCCUGUGCAGGAAUACCGGGAACAAACAAACAAACAACUCCAUGCUCCUUCUGGAUCUCCACACGGAUUUCUCCUCCUCCUCCUCCUCUUCCUCCACCACCACCACCACCUCCUCCUCCACCACCGCCGCCUCUGCUCGGUUUCACUCCCGCUCCCGGAGCUCGGGCUCUCGGAUACUACAGCCAUGAAAGUGACGGUGUGUUUUGGACGGACCCGGGUGGUGGUGCCGUGCGGGGACGGGAGUAUCCGAGUGCACACGCUGAUCCAGCAGGCUGUCAUGCGGUACAAGAAGGCCAUAGCCAAGGAUGCGAGCUACUGGCUGCAGGUCCACCGGUUGGAGCACGGCGACGGCGGCAUCCUCGACCUGGACGAUGUACUCUGCGACGUGGCCGACGACAAAGACAGGUUGAUAGCGGUGUACGACGAACAAGAGCCCCAUCAUGGAGGCGACGGUACCAGCGCCAGCUCCACAGGGACCCAGAGCCCCGACCUGUUUGCCGCGGACCUCAGCGCUGGAAGCGGAGCCUCGGCCUUCCAACCCUACCAGGGCGCCAGUGAGAUCGAGGUCACACCCUCCGCCCUGCGUACAAAUAUGCCCCUCCACGUCCGGCGCAGCAGCGACCCCGCCUUGCUCACCAUCAAUGGGCCGUUUAGCAGCGGUGGCGCCGGCGGCGAGUCACGGGCCCAAACGGAAGAGCCGCCGUCGAGGAAGAACCCGACCCGUUGGUCCACCACCGCUGGCUUCCUGAAGGCUCGCCACUCCUCCGGCACCAACAGCCUCGAGAGGAAGGGUAAAAACAUGGACACGUACCGCAGUCUGCCGCGGGACGCAGGAGCGUGGACCAAUCAGAGAGAGUUUCAGAGAGAGACAGCCCGCUCGUCACUAAGCGCCAAUCACCCCAUGGUGGACCGCUGGCUGGAGAGACAGGAACAGGAUGACGAAGGCAGAGAAGAGGAAAACGGCAGGAUCGAGCCGGUCGGUCGAGCUGACUCCUGCAUGGACCACACCCCUGUGAGGUCACUAGAAGACAUAGUCAAACUGGUGGAGGUGUCAAACGACGGCGGGCCCCUGGGAAUCCACGUGGUGCCUUUCAGUGGCAGGGACCGCAGGACUCUUGGCUUGUUGGUCAAGCGUCUGGAGAGGGGAGGCAAGGCCGAGCAGCAGGCCCUCUUCCAGGAGAACGACUGCAUCGUCCGUAUCAAUAACGGGGACCUGCGAAACAUCCGCUUUGAACAAGCCCAGAACAUGUUCCGUCAGGCCAUGCGCUCUCCCGUCAUCAUGUUCCACGUGGUGCCGUCGUCCAUGAAGACCCACUACGAGCAGCUGUCCCACGCCGAGAGGAACCCCGCGUACGCCUCGGGCCGCUUCAGCCCCGAGUCGCUGACCGGCAGCACCGUCUCCGGCAUCGACCACGCCCCGCAGAGGAUGUCCAGACAUGGUUCCCAAAGUCACCCGCACUCACAUCCGCAUCCUCAUCCGCAUCCACAUCCACACACUCACCCGGAACAGAAUGACGGCUACCCUCCUCUGAGUCACCCGGCGGUCUCUGCAGCCAAGCCUCCGAUGGGACAGACACACUCGCCUCAGCGGGGGGUGAACUCGACGCCAACUGCAGGAUUUACCAAAAAGGUCGGGAGGAGGCUCAACAUCCUUCUAAAGAAAGGUCCCGAGGGUCUGGGCUUCAGUAUAACAUCACGGGACGUUCCCAUCGGCGGCUCGGCACCCAUCUACGUGAAGAACAUUCUGCCUCGGGGAGCUGCCAUACAAGACGGUCGACUCAAGGCUGGAGACAGAUUGCUGGAGGUGAACGGCGUGGACCUGAAUGGGCGGACCCAGGAGGAGGUGGUGUCUCUGCUCAGGGCCACACCCAUGGGCGGAGCCGUGGAGCUGCUGGUGCUGAGGCAGGAGGACACUUUCCUCCCUCGAGAAGUGAACGCCGAGCCCCAGAUGCAAAGCCCCAGAGAUUUGCAUCCGAGGCAGCCCGCCACAGCCGGGAAACCCCAUUGGCUGAUUGAGAAGACAGAAGAGGACGACUUGGUCCUGACUCCAGACGGGACCAGGGAGUUCCUGACCUUCGAGAUCCCCCUCAGCGACUCGGGUUCAGCCGGGUUGGGCGUCAGCGUCAAAGGCAAUCGCUCCAAGGAGAACCACGCCGACCUGGGCAUCUUCGUCAAAUCGAUCAUUAACGGAGGGGCGGCCUGCAAGGACGGGCGGCUCCGAGUGAACGACCAGUUGAUCGCCGUCAACGGAGAGUCGCUGUUGGGCAAAACCAACCAGGACGCCAUGGAGACGCUACGCAAAUCCAUGUCGACGGAAGGCAACAAACGCGGGAUGAUCCAGCUGAUUGUGGCCAGGCGAGUGGCCAAAAGAAAUGAGGAGGCGCCGGGGAGCCCGCUUGGACCUCAGACCAUGAACACGUCUCUGGACGACCACGAGCGGCGGAUCUCCCACUCCCUGUACGGCGGCCUGGAGGGCCUCGAUGACAACUUGAUGCCACGACAAGGCAUGAUGCCACGUACGAUAGGAAACUAUCAGCUCUCGCCGACCGUCAACAUGCCUCAGGACGACACCGUGAUCAUAGAGGACGACCGGCCGCCGCUCCUCCCGCCGCACCUCUCUGACCAAUCCUCGUCCAGCUCCCACGACGACGUGGCCUUCACCGCCGACGUGACGCCGCCGUGGGCCAAAGAGCCGCCCAAUCAGAACGACAACUCCCAGCUGAGUCCAGAUGAAAAUGAUCCGGACCCGGCUUUCCAAAGGGAAGGCUUCGGACGGCAGAGCAUGUCGGAGAAACGCACCAAGCAGUUCGGAGACGCCUCUCAGCUCGAGAUCAUCAAGACACGCAAGUCCAAGAGCAUGGACCUAGUAGCCGACGAGAUUAACCUCACCCCUCGUCCCGAGAUCAACACAGGUUCUUCCACAAAGGAUGUUGGACCGUCGCUAGGCUUAAAGAAGUCCAGCUCUCUCGAGAGCCUCCAGACGGCCGUCGCAGAGGUGACCCUGAACGGGGACCUCCCCUUCCACAGGCCACGCCCUCGUAUAAUCAGGGGGCGUGGCUGCAACGAGAGCUUCAGAGCGGCCAUCGACAAAUCCUACGACCGGCCGGCCGCGACGGAAGAAGACGACGAGGGCAUGGAGACAUUGGAGGAGGACACUGAGGAGAGCUCACGAUCGGGGAGAGACUCCGUGUCCACGAUGGCCGACCAGACGCCGCUGUCCGGCUCCGAGAAGCCGCUGGUCAACGGCACCAACCGCACCAAAGAGGAGAAGAAGAAAGACAAAGACAAGGCGGGGAAGGAGAAGAAGAAGCCAGAAGGAGGCAAGGACAAGGACAAGGACAAGGACAAGGGGAAAGCCAAGAAGGGCAUGCUGAAAGGACUCGGGGACAUGUUCAGGUUUGGUAAGCACCGUAAGGACGAGCGGCCGGGGGAAAAGAUGGAUCGUAAAGGCUCCAGCAAGUGGAGGCCGGAGGAGACGCAGGUUUCCGAGGAGGAGACGAUGAAGAUGAGGAUGGAGCAGGAGAGGAUCCAAGCCAAGACCAGGGAGCUGAGAGAGCGCCAGGCCCGGGAACGGGACUACGCCGAAAUCCUGGACAUCAGCCGCACGCCGGAGAGGUCUUCCGAGGAGGAGCACCCGUACGCAGGCAUCAACACCCUGAACAGCUCCGUGGACAGCGGGCACAGCCGGCCCCACAGCCCCCGAGACGAUUACCCCCACAUCCAUCCACACCACCAGCACCAGCACCAGCACUCCGAUUCCCUCUACACGCAAGUCAGCAAAUCCCGCAACGACCGGCCUCCAUCUGCAGACAGUAACCGGCUAGCCCCUAGCAACCACGACCGGAUACAGAGGCUGAGGCAGGAGUUCCAGCAGUCCCAGACCGUCCCGGAAGACCCCGACGAUCGCAGGAGGACCUACAGCUUCGAGCAGCCCUGGUCGAACACCAGCAGCAGCAACGGUCCGGGCGGGUACCACCAGCCGGGUCGCCACUCGGUGUCGGUGGAGGUUCAGAUGCAAAGACAGAGGCAGGAGGAGAGAGACUCGUUCGCCCAGGCACAGCGACAGUACAGCUCCCUGCCACGGCAACCCAGGAAAAACCCCAGCUCCAUCUCCCAGGACUCUUGGGAUAAGGCGUACCCACCUGGCGAGGGCUUCCAGACAGCCAAGGACAACCCCAGGUACUCCAGCUAUCAGGGCUCAAGGAACGGCUACCCAGGCGGUGGAGGGGUCAACGCCCGAGUCCUUCUGGAGGCUCAGGAGCUCCUGAGGCAGGAGCAGAGGCGCAGAGAGCAGGAAGCCAAAGGGAAGUUAAUGCAGGAGAACACCGGUAACAGCAGCUAUGAUGGGUACCCAACAGCACACCUGAAGGACCCGGCUUCCCCCAAGGGUCCGUACCGCCACGAUGUGCCGCCUUCGCCUUCGCAGUUAGCAAGGCUUAACAGAUUGGGGUCAGAGAAAGGAAGACUUUUUUAUUCUUGAGGAGUAUUGUUGGACUUAUGAAUGAAGAACUUGUGGAUGAGGAGCUAAAGGGGAUUACCAGCAAAAAGUGGACGCUACAAAUCUUGACAAAGGGACAACCUAGAGGUCUUAUAGCUUAGCGAUGAUCUUAGAGGUAAACAGUCGUGAAGUAUACUCAGUAUGUGGCUGUUUGUGUCCAGUCCCUCGCUGUGCCGAUGACCUAUACCAGUAGUCAGUCCCUCCUACAGACACAAGACGCUCAGUGCCUUCUCCGCAUUCACGAACACGAUGCUUGUUCACAGUCGUCCAGGACUCUGAUUCAUCGAGAUCUGGCACCGUCGUGUACCGACAAUCAAACGGGCAGACAGGCGAGCGAGUGGGCGUUCUUUUGAGCCACGGGGAGGCGUAAGAUCCUCUGUGUGUGGGUUUGUGUGUGGGCAUGUGACAAGGUACAUGUUUCACGAUGGAGUAUGUGUGUCAUGGCUUUACAAAGUGUCCCACGGAUGACUCUCUUCCCAUCGGUCACAAACCACCACCACCUUUUCUUCACUUUACAAAACGUUCGACCCUCACCGGCAUUUCUCGGCAUUCAGUUUCCUUCUUACUUCCAGUGUUUUCUCCUCUGCGAUCGAGCUCUCUCACUUGAGCACUCCCCAGGGAGUGUAGAAAACAAGGCAAAGUGUAUGAAAGUAGAAGGGCACAGUGUGUGUGUUAUUAAUAAAAAAAAAGCCCCCUUCAUAAAUGAUUCAUAUCGUGUGUUAUCUCCAUGGAGGAGACCCAGGCAGAGAGGGUAGACAGCUCUGAUCCUGUGCCUGGCCCCCCUGCACCGCUCUGGGCUUGAUUCCCUGGCCCGCCUGCCUGUCUGUCUGGAACUCUGGCUCCCGCUCUCCUCUCGUUGUUCUCGUCACCUCUGUUCAUUACCUUUUCUUUCUUCUACCUCAACACUCCCACCUUUAUCCUCCUCUACUCUCGCUCCUCUUCCACCUCCCCUCUCAUCUCACUCCUCACUCCCGUCCUUUUACUCUUCCUCCCUCUGCUCCCCCUCGUCGUCCUCCUCCUCCUCCUCCUCCUCGUCUCCCGAGUCAGGCUCUGCACUGAAUUUUUCAUCACAAGCCACCUGCUGCCUGCCAGAGCCAAAGAAAGCUGCCACCAGAGGCAUCGACAGAGGGCCCCGGCUUCUGACAUAAAGAGAGGAAUAAAAAGAGCCAGAAUAAAGAUGUGUGGAGAGACAAUGAGCCUCCCAGUGUGAGAUUAACUGCAGCUUUUCUCCCAUUUUUUAACAAAAGGCCAAAUUGUCCUCAAGAGUUAAUUACUUUCAAUUUGCUGUAAUUGCUUUUCGGUAUUUUUACCUUUUUUGAGCUGACGCUCCGCUCCAGGAUUUUUUGUGAAGCGUUUAUUCGAAACUGAUUUCUCCCACAGAAAUAGUUCACAUGAAAACAUUUCACAGCGUGACCCGUGAAGGCCUGGUCACAGCGAAAGGUUCAUCCGCUCGCACUCGUGUGCACGAUCAUCACGACCGCACAACAGCUCUGCAAGUUUGCUGGCUUGCUUAAUCGCCAGUUACCUCAGCUGCUAACAGAACAAAAAAAUAAGAUCUACUCCAGUCUUAACGCUUCUUCUGUGGAGCAGUUUAAACUCCCAACAGGAGAGGAUUAUAUUAAAGCAACUAGUUAGCUUCGUUGGCUUCAUCCAUUUCUGAUUUUUAUUGGUCAACAGCAACAAAUCACGCGCCAGAAGUUGACGAAAAAGAGUCACGCUGCCCCCCAAAACAAAUCCAUUGGUUGUGGUUGAUUCCGUUGCAUUAAAUUGGUGUGACUGGGCCUUAUGUAGGAGAUUGAGACCUUCACUUACAUAUAUCUCUACUGCAUUAGGGUGGAGACAGAAAUCUCAAAAACCUGGAUAAAAUAAACCAAAACUCUGCAUGAGAAGAAAAACCUGGAUGUAAAAAACGUUUUUUGGUCGUUUAGGUGAACCGACAGUUUAAACCAGCGACGUUUUGAUCAUCACGCUCGCUCGGUAGCUCGUUCCACUACGACCUGAGAGUAUUUCCAUUCCAAUCAAACUCCACGGCUGCUGAUUAGCAGGAUAGCAGCAUAGGAGAGAGUAAGUAAUCAGUGAAAGCAGCUGCUGGAGGUGUAGGUCUGAGAGAAGACCUUGGGACGUUGAUGACACAUGCUUAAAUCACUGCCCACCAGCCCACCGCUGUAAUUGUUGCAGUAGGUGGAUACCGAUCCUCCCAGCCUGAACCUUCCCUUCCCUGACAUCUCUCUAAUGUCCGCGACACCAUUGUCUCUGCCUGUGAAGUGAACGAAUGAGAUCGAGCCGAGGCCCGACUUCAAACGAAAAAAGGGAAAAGUUGCCACCAUCGAGCCCGUGGAAAACAAACAGGCGGUACGUUAAUUGCCCUUCACUCCUACACGGCCGCCAUAUGCAGAGUGAAGCUGCAUGGCAUACAUUAUCUCCUGCUGGUUAAUGAAGACCCUCACUGGGAAAGAUGCAGGCUUAGCGGGGGUAAUGAAUGAUGAACGGAAAAAGGAAGAAGAUGAAGAAGAAAAAAAAAAGGACUUCUCGACUCGAGGAAAGUUCAGCACACUGCUCUGUUUUAAGCUAAAGAAAAUGUCCCUUCUGCAUCAUGUUUGAUUAAAAAACUGUUACCAAAUAAGACACAAACUGUGUAGGUGAGGAUGAAACAUAUCUCUUCACCCUGAAAGGUUUUUAGUAAAUAAAAAAAAUUUAAAAAGUGUUUGGUUGUAGCGGCCAGCGCUUCCUGCUGUGAACACUAGUGCGUCUGUGAACGCAGACUCGCAUAUUUCGAAGGAUGUAACGUCUCCUCGUGACGGGGUCUGAUAUCGAUAAGUGCCUGAGAUAAUAAUAACACACGACACGAUGUGAUUUGUUUGUGUGUUUUUAAACAUUUUUAAUAUCAUCGUAUUAAAAUGUGUCUUUGUUUUGUUUGACGGGGGGGGUCCUCCUUCCUGAGUUCUAUUUUAUUUACAAGAGCCAACACUUUACAAGCGGUCAUCAGUGUAUUUGUAUCCCGUUUGACAUUGCCUUCAACCAUGCUGUACCAUGAUGUGUUUUAAAGUAUCAAAAGUAACGGACGCUGAUGUGCAAUUGUUUUUGUUUUUUUUCCAGAAACUUUUACAUGAUAUAUUAAGAAAUGUACACAGCCACUUUUUUUUCCCCUGUACAUAUCAAAUUUAGAAUAAAACGGAAGGCUGUUCCAUCCUGUUUACAACCUC